AUGCACCAAAUCGCCACGCGCAUCCUCACGGAACCAUGCAUCCCGACGCUCACGGACUCCGGGCCGAAUCUCUUCGCAUACUGCCCGACGAUGGAUCUCGUGGCGACGGUCAGCCAGCCCGGCGUGCGUGGGAAAGCGGCCGUCGAUGUCUGGCGCCUGAAUGGGCAGAACGUCUUUGGCGCCAACUUUGAUCAUGAUUCGGAAAGUGAGGAUGAGGGAGACGGCGAAGAUGAUGGUGGUGGACAGGUGGAGAAGAGGGGAGAGGGGACAGGACAAGAUGAUGAGGUGUUGAGGCGGAGGAAGGUGAGGGGGCUUUGUUGGCGGCGGGAUGGUCAGGUCCUUGCCGUGGCAUGUUUCGACUCUUCGGUUGCCCUUAUUAAUGCCUUCACGGGGAAGAUUGCACAUCAUCUACAUACAAAUUUACCACCCGGUGUCCCGAUAUCAACAUCUCCAUCAUCGAGCUUCACCAGCUCGCCAUCUCGAUCUCAGAAGAGGAGAUCCCGGACGUCGAAGGGAGUGGGCUCGAAUGAGGCUGAGCCCGAAUCCACUGCAACUGUUAAAACGAGAACAAAUGUCUCGUGUAUCUCUUGGACCACCCACUUUGCCACUCCGUCACCUCUUCUGAUUCGAAAGAGCCUCGAGGUGGGCCGAGACACUGAGAAAGCUGUGACGCUCGAUCAGAUCCUGGGACUUAAGGCCGACAUCGACCGGUUGUUAUCACUCAAGGCCGAUCUACCAGGCGAAUUGAGUGCAAUCGACAUCGAGGCUUCGUUACCCAAGCUUGCGACCUUGCCGCCUAUUGGUGUUGGAAGUGGUGAUGACGUUUUCAGCUCCCGAGGCAGUCUCGAUGCCAUCUUCCAUGCAGCUAACACUGGCUUAAAUGGAGCUGUUGAUGUCUUGAUCGUGGGUCUGCAGGAGCACGAGGGUACAGGACGCUGUGCAGUUCAUCUCGAGAUUUUCGAUUCAUUCACAAUUGGUGCGGUUGAUGUCGGAUCUUGUUUCCCUACUAGUGGCAGGGGAGCGAAAGUGAGGGCAAUCACUAGCCAUCCAUAUCUGUCUUUGGCUUUUCUGCUAUUGGAACAACCCGAUUUCUCCCUGCAUGUCGCCUGUCUGGAUAUGAGUUUCAUACCGCAAACAGGUAGAAAUCUGCCUUUGGUGGCGCGCAAGGUCACGCAGCUGGGAAAUCUUCUCCGCUAUGUCUCACAAGUUCAGAUGCAGCUGUCAGCUGAGAUCAAGGCAGCGUUUGACCUGCCAUCUAGAUUUCUCCGAAAUAUCAACGAAUCUCUCGCGGAGGCAGAUCCUGAUGCUGACUUCUCUUUCGCUGCCCAUCAUUUAGCAGUCACGGGUGACUGUGACCCGAGGGUUAGGGAGUGGUUGGUGGAUGAAGUGGGGAACCGAGGAUUGAAGAGGUGGGAAAAGGCUGUUGGAGACUGCCUCGAUGUAGUCAGAAGAAUGACGAGCGAAUGCCUGCAACCCGCCCUCGAGCGGAUGCAAGUCAUUCUGAGUCGAUUAGAUGGCCUUGCCAAGUUUUCAGGGACAAGAGAACGCCUCGGAUUGAAUGAGCAAGCAAUUCGACGAGUGAGAGAAACAGUUGACGUCCUUGGAUUGGUCGCCGAGGACAUGCUAAUAGAUGUAGGUGUGGAGAUUAGGGAGUUUGGAUCAUUCAUGCGGUGGUUGACAUGGGAAUGUGAAGUCGAGGCCCUGGAGGAGGGCAGUGAGCGGGCAGAAGAGCUCCGGGAGAGUUGGACGGGAGAGCAAGAAUUGAGAGCUGUUCUGGAUUAUGUGGGUGGUGCCAUGAAUCAAAGCAGGUUGAAACGCUACAUUGAUGCCGGCAACCCAGGUGGGGAAGAUGCGGCGACAAAGAAAUCAUUCGAUGAAGAGACUGACACUGGUUUUUAUGCGGACUUUACGGAGCGAAGAAGAAGAAGAACCGGCAGUAACACAGAUUACCGCUCACCGACUUUGCGCGAAUUGUUGGAAAGACUGAGAAAACAGUGCGAUGUUGUCUUUGGACAGAUCGCUGAGACUUUCAGGAAGUCUCUUCUGACAAGCUACUUGUUUUCAGUGCCCGGGCAGUAUGAUGGGAACAUGCUUGAUGUGAGAGUCAUGCCAGAUCAAAUUCGAGAGGACACCUACUCGCUGGUGAUACUUGCCAAAGAUCAUCGAGGUCAGUUGCAACUCACGGUGGCAGACAUUCAAAUGCAGACAGGAAAGCGGAUAAAGAUGGCAAUCACGUCCAAUACAGCUUUGACAAUCGCCCAAGUCACAGAAAUACUGGAUGCGAAGAUUGUUGACGAUGAGUUCGUCAUGGUGCUUGCUGCCUCGACUGAAGGAGAUGCAAGGCUCUACACGCGAGCCAUCUCUACAGAGGCUGAACAAAAUGAAUGGGAACUUCGGCAUGUCUUUGACGAUGGCAAGAUGGAUGCCGGUAUGAAGCCUGCCAGACUGGAAGCCAACGGGAGAGCUGGACGGAGAGUUGUGGCUGUGGUGGACCAAGCAGGGUUGGGAUUUGUGGUGUUUGAUUUAGACACCGGCCUUGAUGUGGAUGGUAAACAGGGCACGGAAGACGAAGUCAUGACUGGGUAG